UUGAAGGGACUUUUUCAAAAUCUACUCUAAGAAAACCCUAACUCGCUCACUCAAGCAGAACGGCAAAAGAAAAAAUUUUCAUUGAAGAAGCUACAACGAUUCGCAAAUGGCUUCACCUUCAGACAGAAGUGACAAACAACCAGAAACUGGCACAAACCAAAAUAAUCAACAACCAGAAACAGACACAAAUCAAAAUAAUGAACAACCAAAUACAGUUGUUGGGAGAAAGAGGAAAAAAACAUCAACUAUUUGGGAAGAUUUUGAUGAAGAAACUAAGGAAGGUGUGAAGAAAGCCGUUUGCAAAUAUUGCAAGUCAGAAUAUGCUACUGGGGGAUCGGGAGCUAGCACUAGUCAUAUGAGAAGACACAUCGCGGCUUGCCUGAAAAAGAAGAUGCAUGAGUCUACUCAAAAGAAACAAGCCACCAUUCCAUUUCAACCUUCGAAAUCAGGAGGUAACCCCUUUAUUACUCCUGGUGCCAGAUAUUCUAAUGAAAAGAUGCGAGAAAUACUUGCAACUGCUAUAAUGGUUCAUGAAUAUCCUUUUAGUGUUGUAGAAGAUGAUAUUUUGAUGUGGGCUUUCGAAUAUGCAAACCCAGAUUUUCGUAAAUUUUCUCGUAAAACAACAAGUAGUGAUUGUGUGGCAUUAUUUGAGAAUGAGAAGAAAGAGUUGAAGAAGCUUUUAGAAAGUGUGAGCAAGAUAAGUUUAACCACAGAUAUGUGGAAAUCAAGUCAUCAAGUAGUUGAGUAUAUGGUUAUCACAGGACAUUUCAUUGAUGCUGGAUGGAAUCUUCAAAAAAGAGUUUUGAGUUUUGUGAAAGUGCCUGCACCAAGGCGUGGUAUUGAUGUGGCCGAUGCUAUAUAUAAAUCUACGGCUAACUUGGAUAGUACUAGUAAUCCAUCAUCCUCCCAAGCUAAUGCUGCAGUUGUCAGAACCGGGUUUGAUGAAAUUAUGAGUAUUAUUCAAGAAAAUGAAGCCAUUCCUCCAAAAAAAUCAGAAUUGCAAGAUUAUCUUGAUGAAGGUCUUUACGUUCCUAACAGUACCUCCUUUUGUGCUUUGGACUGGUGGAGGAACAACAACAUGAAAUAUAAGAUUUUGUCUAAGAUGGCAGCUGAUAUACUAGCUAUUCCAAUCUCAACUGUGGCAUCUGAGUCCACAUUUAGUGCUGGAGGUAGAGUUAUUGAUGAACGUCGCACUAAACUAAGUGAAGAUUCUGUAGAAGCUCUAAUAUGUGGUGCAGAUUGGUUCCGUCAUAAGUAUAAUGUGAAGAAAAAAUUACAGGUUGAAAAAGAAGAGACACAUAUCAUCUUGAAGAUUUGA